AAAAAACACUUAUUUUAGAAUAAAUCAUUUCUAAAAUAAUAUGAAUUUUUUAUUGCAGUUUUUCGUACUAGUAGUUUUAGGACGAGCUAGUUAUGGUGUACCACCACCACGACAUCCGCCACACCAUCCACCAGUACAUCCCCCAGUUCACAAACACCCACCUCCACCACCACCACCACUACCUCCAAUAGAAGAUCACGAUAUAUUUCCACAAUCUUUCUCGUUUGGAGUAUCAUCUGGAGCAUAUCUUCAUGAAGGAGCUUGGCUUCAAGAUGGUAAAGGUGAGAACGUCUGGGACCGUUUCACACACACUAAUCCAUCGGCCAUAUUGGAUGGAUCCAACGCAGACGAAUCAGCUGAUAGUUACAACCAUAUCGAAGAAGAUGUUGAAAUUUUGAACAAUCUUACAGUUAGGCAUUACAAAUUUUCACUAUCUUGGUCCAGACUCAUACCCCAAGGGCAUGGAGAAAUUAACAAAGCCGCCGUGUGCCAUUACCAGAGACUUCUACAACUCCUAAAAGAAAACCAAAUCGAACCAAUUGUGGACCUCUUCAACGGAGAUCUGCCUCAAGCCCUGGAAGACAAAGGAGGUCUCCUCUGCGAUCAAUUCCCUCUUUGGUACGUAGAAUACGUCAGGGUUGCUUUCGAGAUAUUCGGACCUAGUGUUAAAUAUUGGCUGACGUUCAAUGGUCCCGCAGAGAUAUGCAACUUAGGUUACGGUGAUGGUACUUUUGCUCCUGGUGUCAGCGACAAUCCUGGAGUCAAUGAUUACAUUUGCGGACAUAAUGUACUAAAGGCUCAUGCUGAAGCGUAUCACUUGUAUGAUGAUGUUUACAGAGCUACGCAAAAAGGUAAAAUAGCGAUGUCUCUGCAUUCACCUUGGUUUGAGCCUGCUUCUGACUGUCAAUCUGAUAAAGAUGCAUCUGAACAAAAAUUACAAUUCCAGAUCGGUUGGUUUGCCCAUCCCAUCUACAUCGGGGACUAUCCUCAAGCAAUGAUAGACAGAAUUGGUCAACUGUCUGAACAACAAGGUCUAUGCGAUUCAAGGCUACCUAGAUUUACCAGAAAAGAAAUCCAAUGGAUUAAGGACACCCAUGAUUUCUACGCUCUCUGCUAUUUCCGUACAGUUACAGUCAAAGCUGUAUGCGAUGACAGUUGUUUAUCACCAUCUUUCUCCGCCGAUUCUGGUGCAGAGAUUACGGGCCCAAUUGUGGGUGACGACACAUGGGGAAUUAAAAACAUAAUUCUUUGGGUCAAAAACCAGUAUCUGAAUCCUUCCAUAUUCAUCAUUAACAAUGGUUAUAUAGCAACCGAUCGUACAUUGGAAGAUUACGAUAGAAUUGAGUUUAUUAAGAGCACAUUAACACAUAUAAGAUCAGCAAUGAUAAAUCAUGAUGCAAGAGUAUAUGGGUACACAUAUCACUCAUACAUUGAUGGAUUUGAAUGGCAAUUUGGAUACACAUUGAAAUUAGGAUUAUACGACGUAGAAUUUGAUUGUUCUACUAAAACAAGGACUGCUAGAAGAUCUGCAGCAUAUUAUCAGAAUGUCUGUAAAUUUGGAUGUAUAGAUGAGAAUUGCCCACCUCCACAUCAUCAUCAUCAAUAUUAUUUGGAUCAUUAAAAUUGUUGUGAUUUUUAUUAAAUAUUAUUUAAAAUAAAUUGAGACCACCUACAAA